GCCCGUGCUCGCGGUAACAUUAGUGAACGCGACUUCUACAUAUGCCUUAUCGAUAACCAAAAACGUCGAUCUCGGAUCCUCAAAGCUACGACGCAGACCUUAUCCAUUAUCCAGUAUCCAGUAUCUCUUGUGCUUGGUCCGAACCAAACCAAUUCACCUUCCUAUCAGCAGCUUCUUCUCCCCUUUCCCUCUAUUAUACCUCGGUUCUUCUUCGACCUUCAAUCCGCGAGUCACUCUCGACAACAAUGUCGACAAAACAACCGUCGCGUGUCGUCUUCGUCGGAAAUAUUCCCUAUGGAUUAUCGGAAGAGCAGAUCACCGACAUCUUCAGCACUGCUGGCAAAGUCCUAAACUUCCGUCUCGUCUACGAUCGCGAUACCGGUCGGCCCAAGGGCUUUGGAUUUGCAGAGUACCCCGACGCAGACUCGGCAGCCUCAGCAGUUCGCAACCUAAACGACUACGAAAUCAUGGGGCGGAAGCUCCGUGUCGACUACAGUACGGAAGGUCGGGUCGAUGGCGAUGACUCUAACAGCGCAUCCACGACUACUGGCCAGCCCGCAAAUGGCGCUUCGUAUAUCGUUCCUCAGACUGUUCCCGCAGGCUCGCUACCCCCUCUCCCACCCGGAAAAGAGCUGCCUGCUGGAGUGAGCGCUACCGAUGCUAUCUCCAGAACGCUCAACACUCUACCUCCGAGCCAGCUUCUCGAUAUUCUCUCUCAGAUGAAAUCUCUAGCAACAACCGACCCAGGCCGCGCGACGGAACUGCUACAGCAGGCGCCACAGCUAUCUUACGCUAUCUUCCAAGCUCUAUUAUUAAUGGGUCUCGUCUCUCCCGAAGCUAUACAUUCUGUUGUCGAUUCUUCGGCUGCACCGCCCCCAGUCCAACAACCCGUACCCGGCUAUCCCCCCGCGUACACGGGUGCCACGACGGUCACACCCCCAGUCGCUGCACCGUAUGCGCCGCCCGCUGCAGCAACUGCUCAGCCUGGCUAUGCGCCUCCUACAGCUAGCACGCCGGCCAUGGCGCCACAGCAGGAUACGGAGGCCCUGAUGCAGGCAGUCAUGAACUUAUCGCAGGAGAUGAUCGAUCAGCUUCCCGAGGCGGAGCGCCAACAGAUUUUGACUCUAAGAGCGGGCAUGAUGGCCCAAAGACGCUAGGUGCCUUGGUGGCCAUGAGGUAUAGUCAUUUUCUGUCAAUUUUCUCAUACCCCUGCGGACAGUUGCAAGUUGGCGUUCAGGUUACGGUUCAGGUACAAAGGCAUUCGGAACACAAGGCAUCGCGCCCUAUCUCGAGGGAGUAGGGCUGGUACUACGCGCUAUAUGUAAUAACGCUAUUGGUGUGCCAUGGGAGAGUAAGAUUUGGCAUUGAUAAUAACGUAAUGCCGAAUACUAAAUCUACGAUAUGAACACAUCUAAUAAUGGGUUUCUAUUCAUCUCGAGAGCUACGCUUAUACGCAUAUUCCGUACUAGAGUGGCACCAAAAGUUCAACGGAUAUAUUUCGGCGUCGUACCUAGAAUAUGCUUCAGCUUUUAACAAUUCAUCCUUUCGUAUUCUGGCAACGCUACUGUCAAUAUUCUAGUCCAAGCGUGUCCCAUGAUGAUGAGUUGCCGUUGUUUACUCUUGGACCUAAUAUGAACUCUAGAUAUGACCCCGAUUACGCGUCGUUACUAACUUCGAAGAUAGCCGCGCCUCUUUACAAAGACAUCGGAGCCAAUGAUAUGUUUCCUAUAUUUGAUUAGAUAGCAUAAGGCCAGUAUCUUGGUUCUACCGAAAUACUGUUGCUUGCAACAUUGAAGUCGAUCGAAGAACAAGACGAGGUUGUAUUCCG